AUGCCACUGAGAGUAGCGGAAGAUGGAAAAAUCAUGGUCGGUGUCGACUUCGGCACGACCUACACUGGCGUAUCCUACUCCUUGAGGAGCCUUGAAGUGCGAGGAGGGGAAGAUAAUGAUCACCUCAUUGAUAAGUGGCCCGCUGCCAAUUCCAGGAAAAUAAAUGCAACUAAAGUCGCCUCGAUCGUCCAGUACGAGAAUAAAACCGAGAACGGUAUCGAGAAACUAGAGGCGACCCGAUGGGGGGCCCAGGUACUGGCGAGCAAGGAAAACUGUUCAUCUCUUUUCAAACCGUUGCUUGAACCUAACUUUCAUCGAGAUCAUGAUCCUUAUGCCAAAGCUAUUUUCAGACAUACCCGCCAAGGGCCUUCCUAUCACCCGGUACACUACACUAUCACUGUACCGGGAAUCUGGGCAAGGGAAACCCGCAAGGCGCUGGAACAGAUCGUCAAGGAUGCCGGGCUAGCAUUAAAAACAAACGACAUACUGACUAUGAUUCCGGAGCCCAUAGCGGCAGCAGUGGAUAUCUUUAGAAAGAAGAUGGAUACAUUCCAGGGUGACGACGUCAUGCUCGUAUGUGAUAUCGGCGGAGGAACUAUCGUGAGUUUUACCCUUAAUUUCGUUAUGUCGCUCUUUAUCAUUUUUUUAUAUGUUUGGUGCCCCUGUGGGGACCUUGGCAUGUUAUCAGUGGAGGCGGCUUUCUACAGAACAAUGUAUGAGAGGUUUAAGGACACAUUCAAAAAUCAGAACACGGAGUCCAUAGGUCCAAGUAGUGCCUUGAUUCGCGAGUUCCGGGAUUGCUUUGAGAGAUUCGCCCCCGAAAACCUAGAGGAGCACGGCUGGGAAUGCCGUUUGCCGUUCUGGUCACUACUAUCGUCUAAUAACCCGGACUUUUACGACUGUCGCCGGAAGGAAAUAAUCCUGUCCGCUCGAGACAUACAAGCUUUUCUCGACCCUGUCAUUAAUAUGGCGGUAAGUCUGAUCAGCGAACAGCACCAUACUGUAGCCACAGCCGGCUUUGGUGGUAAAAAGCAGCAUGUUUACUUGGUCGGAGGUGGGGCAGAAAAUGCCUACAUCUUACGGUCAGUCAAGCGGAGGAUAAAGGAUAAACAUGCGCUAGAUGUCUACACUCCUGACAAGCCGCAACUAGCCGUCGUCAAUGGAGCCGGGGUUUACGGCCUCGAUGACGUGCUAUCCAUCCACAAAUGUCCCCAGCAUAUCGGGAUUGAAUGUGCCCAGCAGUAUGACGCAGACAGACAUGGUCAGCCACGACCGGACGUCCUUACACGAGACCCUGUGGACGGUAGAAACAUGGUUACCGGGGCGGCGAUCUGGGUGUUCGAUAUGGGGAGGACAUAUCAUGACGGUGCAGUGGAAACAGAAAAUGUUACGGAAUACUUUCUUGACAGCGAAUUUGGAGACCGCCAUAAGAACAUAUUUGUGUCAAGGGAUCCACGGCCACCGGCUGUUGUGACAGAUUUGGAACCUCUUACUGCCAUCGAGAUUCGGUUUAGACAAGUCCCUGCAGGGAAAACUGAAGUCAGGGUAGUUGGUGGUCGGAGGCAGGUACGAAUUCGUUACGAUAUUUCCACGACGUUUUUCCCUGUCGACAACAAGAUUGAAUUUGUGGCAAAGGUAUGCAAUCAAGUGAUUGGACGUCAGGAGAUCAGCAUGCCCUUUCACUGA